AUGGCGAGCUUCAUCUCUUCUCUGAUGCCGUUUGGCAAAUCUACCGCUCAGGCUGUGGCCCUGCCAAAGACGAAUAGGCAGUGGACCACGGCGCAGGAUGGGGUUGAUAAGAUGACUUUUGGGGAGGGCGUUGUUGCUGAGCCCAAGGAUGGGGAGGUUUUGGUCAAGAUUCAUGCUGUGGCUCUCAACUAUCGCGAUACUGAAGUCAUUGCUGGUGACUACAACCACCACAUGUCCAUCAACGACAGCAACCCCCUCGUGCCCUGCUCCGACAUGUGCGGCACCGUCAUCGUGUCCCGGUCAUCUAGAUUAAAGGUCGGCACACGCGUCAUGUCUAUUUUCAACCAGACGCAUCUCACGGGUCAAGUCACCGAGGCCGAUCUCGCCUCCGGACUCGGCCUCCCUCUACCCGGUGUGCUGACAGAGUACCGCUGCUUCCCCGCCGAUGGACUCGUCCCAGCACCUGCGUACAUGUCAGAUGAAGAGGCUGCUUGUUUGCCUAUCGCUUCCGUCACGGCUUGGAUGUGCAUCAACGGCAUGCGACCGGUGGGCCAACCAGCCGACGGCACCAAAAAGAAGGAAACAGUGCUCCUCCAAGGAACAGGCGGCGUAUCAGUCGCAGGUCUACAAAUCGCAAAGGCAGCAGGUCUCGACGCCAUCAUAACAUCCUCGUCGGACGACAAGCUCGAGCGCGCAAAGAAGGACCUCGGCGCCGACACGGGCAUCAACUACCGCACGCACUGGGAAUGGCAGGAUCCCGUCAUGAAGGCUACCAACGGUCGAGGUGCAGACAUCAUCUUUGAAACAGGUGGAUCUCGCACGCUGCGAAAGUCCUUUGAGAGCGUUGCUUUUGGAGGAUUGAUCAAUUGUAUCGGAUACUUGUCCGGAAAAGAAGAAGAGCAAGACACUGGAGGAAAAGUGAGUGUUAGUGUCCUAGCGCUGAGGCGAAACGUCACGCUCAAGGGAAUCCUCAACGGCCCUCGAGAUCGGUUCGAGGAGAUGGUGGCAUUCUACGAAAAGCACAAGAUCAAGCCCGUGGUGAGCAAGGUAUUCGAGAUGGAAAAGGCGAACGAGGCGGUCAAGUUUUUGGCAGAGGGGGGACACUUUGGAAAGGUUGUCGUGAGGGUUGCUGGUAAGGAGUAG